UUGUUAUUAUUCACUCUUCUUCUUCAUUGCAUUCAAUUCCUAAACAAUGAAACCCUCCAAUUUCAAUCCCCAUUUCCUCCUUAAGAUCGCCGCUUUCUUCCUCCUCGCCGCCACUUUCUUCUACAUAGGCAAACACUUCUCCGACGGAUACCACCAACUCAUCUUCUUCACCGCCACCGCCGCAACCCCCGAAGUCACAAUUUCCCACAAUUUCAACAAAUCCAUCAAUACUUCUGCCCUAAUCCUCAACCUCACCCAGAUCGUACAACCAACCUCAUCCCCGCCUCCUCCUCCUCCUCCUCCGCCGCCUCCUCCGCCGCCGCCGCCGCCGGAGGAUUCGAUUCGGAAAUUCGGUAUCCUCAAUGAAGACGGCAUUAUGACCGACGAGUUCGAGGUUGGGCUUUUCGACCCUGAGGCAGUGGACCAGUGGGUCAACGAUACCGAACUUGAUGAUUCCGUUUCUGCCCCCAAAUUCACCAUUACGAAGUUUGAGCUGUGCCAGCGCUCCAUGAGCGAACAUAUACCCUGUUUGGAUAACGCAGAAGUGAUUCGGAUGCUUCAAUCAACGCAAAGAGGGGAAAAGUUCGAGAGGCAUUGUCCGGAAGAAGCUAAACGAUUCAAUUGCUUGAUUCCACCCUCUAAAGGUUAUCGUUCCCCCAUUCCCUGGCCCAGGAGCCGCGAUGAGGUAUGGUACAAUAAUGUUCCUCACACUCAUCUUGUAGAAGAUAAAGGAGGUCAAAACUGGAUUUCCAAGGACAGGGAUAAGAUUAAGUUUCCCGGGGGUGGUACCCAAUUUAUACAUGGAGCAGAUCAAUACUUGGACCAUAUUUCUAAGAUGGUUCCUGAUAUUAGAUUUGGACAGAAUAUACGAGUUGCUCUUGAUAUUGGCUGCGGGGUUGCUAGUUUUGGUGCAUACUUAUUGUCGCGAAAUGUCAUAACCAUGUCUGUUGCUCCCAAGGAUGUUCAUGAGAAUCAGAUCCAGUUUGCUCUUGAGCGUGGUGUGCCGGCAAUGGUGGCUGCAUUUGCAACUAGACGUUUAUUAUAUCCAAGUCAAGCUUUUGACUUGAUACAUUGUUCACGUUGUAGAAUUAAUUGGACUCGUGAUGAUGGUAUUCUACUGCUUGAAGUUAAUAGGAUGCUAAGAGCAGGAGGGUUCUUUGUCUGGGCUGCUCAGCCAGUUUAUAAACAUGAGGAAGUUUUAGAAGAACAAUGGGAAGAGAUGCUUAAUCUUACUACUCGUCUAUGCUGGAAGUUUUUGAAGAAAGACGGUUAUGUUGCAAUAUGGCAGAAACCUUCUGACAAUACCUGCUAUAGGAACCGUGAGGCAGGAACCCAACCUCCACUUUGUGACCAAAGUGAUGACCCAGACAAUGUUUGGUAUGUUAAUCUAAAAGCAUGCAUCUCUCAAUUGCCUGCAAAUGGAUAUGGAGCAACUGUUGCCAAAUGGCCUGAGCGUUUGCACACUACACCUGAUAGGCUUCAAAGCAUAAAAUUUGAUGCUUUCAUGUCCAGAAAAGAGCUUUUUAGGGCAGAAUCAAAAUAUUGGAAUGAGAUAAUAGCAAGCUAUGUACGAGCUUUACGUUGGAAGAGGAUGAAACUAAGAAAUGUUAUGGACAUGAGAGCUGGUUUUGGAGGGUUUGCAGCUGCAAUGAUUGAUCAGAAUCUUGACAGCUGGGUUAUGAAUGUUGUUCCUGUUAGUGGUCCAAACACCUUGCCUGUUAUAUAUGACCGCGGACUGAUUGGAGUCGUGCAUGACUGGUGCGAACCAUUUGACACCUACCCAAGAACGUAUGAUUUACUGCAUGCUGCAAACCUGCUUUCUGUUGAGAAGAAAAGAUGCAAUCUCUCAUCAAUUAUGCUUGAGAUGGAUCGGAUACUAAGACCCGGUGGACGGGCAUACAUCCGCGAUUCUCUUGCCAUCAUGGAUGAGCUUGUACAGAUUGGCAAGGCUAUUGGCUGGCAAAUGAAAGUGCGAGAUACAGCUGAGGGUCCUCAUGCAAGUUAUAGGAUCUUGGUUUGUGAUAAGCGCCUACGCGGUUGAUGUAAACUCACGUUCUUGUUUCUGAUCCCUGCAAUGGGAAUGUCAACAAAAUAGGUUCACACUCACUCUUUUUAGAAGAAUAGGACUACGCAAGGUGUAAAUAUUACGUUUGGAGGCAGCGAGGUAUUUGUCAAUUGAUUCUUGACAUUAGAUCAUCGGAAGUGCUGGUUAGGUCUAGUCUGCAUCAUUUAACUUGUUUAUAUAAUUCAAUUUAUUUGUAUAUUACAAUGUUUUUAGGCCGAUCAUCUGUUAUAUUUUUAAUUAAUGUUUAGUCCAAACAUUAGGAACUUUGUAUCUCACUUCUAAAAUAUUCCCCAUGUUUGAUU